GUCCCAAGCUUUGGCCACGAUUUUAGAGACUUCUCCUGCAAGUUAAUCUCUUCGGACUUACUUUUGACUCAUCAAGUUAAAGAACAGAGUCUUUGCAAAAUGUUCUACACGCAGCUGCUUAUGAAUAAGCGUGGGCCUUUGGCCAAGAUAUGGUUGGCUGCUCACUGGGAUAAGAAACUCAAAAAAUCUCAUAUAUUUGAAUGCAAUUUAGAGAAGACUAUUGAAAAUAUGCUCUGCCCAAAGUUUAAACUUGCCCUGCGAACCUCAGGACACCUCUUGUUAGGAGUGGUGCGGAUCUACCACAGAAAAACCAAGUACCUCUUGUCCGACUGCAAUGAAGCUCUACUUAAAAUGCAGUCAGCCUUUCGUCCAGGACUUGUUGAUCUCCCAGAAGGGAACUUAGAGUUGAAUUAUGAUGCCAUCACAUUGCCUGAAGUAUUUCAUGAUUUUGACACACAACUCCCUGAGGUGAAUGCCAUUGAUGUUGCUGAGCAUUUUACACUGAACCAGAGCAGAGCUGAGGACAUCACUUUGCUGGAAGAGGAUUAUAGACAGGAUCUACUUCUCCAUGGUGAUAGUUUUGGUGAAGAAAUUGAAAUGCCGAGGCAGCAUGGCUUUCUCAAUGACAGCACAUUGGCUAGUUCUGGUGGCCUCUUGACUGAUUACAGUUUUUUGAGCUUCACUGAAGACAAAACUGCAUUUGCUGAAGAUGCCCAUUCAUUCAAGUAUGAUGGGUUUGGAGAUGAAGGAUCUGCAGGCGAUAUGAUUGAUGCUGUUCUUGGAGCUGAGCCAAAUGACCACGUUAUUACGGACCUCAACAUGGAGGAAGAAUUUUCUUUACUCCAAGAGCUUCCGACUGAUAAUACAGCAGGCCAUCCUAGAUCUGAGCAGGAAGCAAGAAGUUGCCAAAUUAAUGAAACAACCUUGUUGCUCAGUGAGGAAGAAGGAUUUGUACUUGAACCACUUGACAGUUCAGUUCUCACAAGGAAACAAAGAGGGAAAAAGAAAAGAAAGUUACUUGUUGAUUAUGUGAAUCAGCUAAGCAGAAAAACUAUGCAAAACCAGCUUACGGACUAUGAAGACACUUUAACUGAAUUAGAUAUUGCACCCCCUACAAGAAGGCUGAUGAUUUUACAGGACUUGGGGAGUGCGGAUAAACUUCUGGGCAGACCUACCCAGACUACAAUUAAUGAAGAUUUGCAAAAGCUCUUUGCUAAAAGUCUCAGGUAUGGAAGAAAAAGGUUGCAAGAGCUUGCAGUUGAAAGAAGCAAAGAACAAGAUUUCCAAGAAUUGCCAACAGCAGGGGUUUCAAAAGCUAUGCAAGACACAACUUAUCAGUUUGUGUCACAAAGUAGCGGAGAAGAAAAGGGAAAUAAAGAAAUUAUUGAACCUAUGGAAACUGUUGGUGGAGCGUCUACUACUUCUGAUUGUUCUUCCCGAGAAACUUCUGUAAGACUAGAGGUUGAGGGUAAGCAGGCUGCAGUGGAAAAGGGAAAUAAAGACAAUGCUGCAGAUAAAGAAGAAAAGGAUAAAAAAGCUGUAGAUUUGCUAAAUACUUUCCGGGACAUGUACCAGACAGGAGCAAAGUCUUUCAGUUUUCUGACCCUCUGUAAAAACAAGACCAAGAAAGAAGUUGCAGACAAAUUCUUUAGCUUGCUUGUUCUAAAGAAACAAAGAGCUAUUGAGGUGGCCCAGGCUGCUCCCUAUGCUGACAUUGUGGUGACGGUGGGUCCAAACUUCCAUACUUUCUGAAGGGUAGAGUGGUCUCCUUUUAACCAUUAGUUGCUAUGGUUGAAAAUUCUACUCUGCAUUCUAUGAAAGUUGCAAAGAGACACCUUACAGCAUACCUAGACCUUUGGAUUAGACAGUGUCCUCUGCUGCAUAGAUGUGCACAUGCACUUAAGAACAAGAGCUAAUAGACUACGUGCAGAAAUAUUAUAUUGUUAAAAAGAAAAAA